GCGGCGCCGCAGUCCGCGCUCGCCGCUCGCUUUCGAUGUCGGUUUGUUGUCACUCGCCGCAACCAGCUUGCCGCAUCGUGAUCCGCGAUCGUAGCCUUUGUUUAUAGUUACACGCGCGUUCGCCGCUCCGACACAGCUGUUAGUGUAACCAUUGACGUACCGUUUCAGUGCCGUUCCCCAGUGAUCGCAGUUUCAGUGCAUUCCUCUCAGUGUAGUCGUUUGUGUCCACUGUGUGUGCCGAUGGGGCGUUUGCGUCCGUGAAGCGACCGGAGCGGCAGCAGGUGCCUCGUAUAUCGGCUGCACGGCGGCGAGCGGUUUGGCCAUGGCGGCCACUGCCCGCCGCGAGAUAGACACCGGCGAGGAGGACAUCGCCGCCAUCGCUAAACAGAUAUCGGAUCAUGCGGAAGCUAUCUAUCAGACGUGGAAAGCGCGCGGACUCGCGCCCACGGAGAUAUUGUCAUGCAGGCCCACGCCCGGCAUAAAAUUAACAGAAAGCUUACGUUCCAAACCCCGGCCGGAGCCGAAGCCUGAAAUAAAGCAAAGACCGGAGUUCCGCCGCGACCAGCGUUCGGAGGGCGCGAGGGAACAACGAGUCGAGUCCAGGAGGGAGCAGCGAACCGAUCCCGAAGAGGACGCGAUGGAUGUUACGUUGCCUCCGGACUUGGUACCAGAACGUAACGGCGCCGGAAGCAGUGUGCCUUCUCGUCGGGGUGACUCCGCGGCUAUGCGGCUGGAGGUGGCCCGCGAGGAGGAGCGACUGCUGCGGGCGCUGCGCACCGGCGGCGUCGUGGCCGAGAGGACCGCGGAGAGGCCGGACGUCGUCCCGCCGGUUUCGUUGGUCGACUACGCUAAGAGUCGGUACCAGGACCGGCUUGACACCGGCGCGAGGAAGCCGGCGACCGGGGCUGGUGGCGAGAGAAGGGCGUCGCUCGGCUCGCAUGUCACCGAGGCCAGAUCCAAGUUUGAGGCACGCGCUCGUCGUGCUACCAGUGCAGGCGCCAGCGCCGGCAACGGUGAAUCCGUUUCCGCCUCGGGAGCCACUCCCGUUCGUCCCUUCCUCACGCGAGGAUCUGUGGCUGAACGAGUGCUUAUGUUUGAACGAUGCCCCAGCGAAGCCACUCUAGAACUCGCUAAGCGAAAAUCACCAGCGGCAACAACAUGGCGGGGACCGCACGACGUCAUAAACAGAGCACAGAGUUAUGCGGCGUCAACACCCACAAAGGCGUCUUCAGCGCCUCCGCACACGACGCUGCAGCGCACAGUGCGGGGAGCGGCGGGCAGCGGGGCGCCGGCGCGGGUUAUACCGCGCUUCCACUUCCCCAAGGGCCGCCCUCCGCCACCGCACCAGCAGGACCAUGCGCUACACAAAGUGCAGUCAGCCUUUGCCACAUUUCCUAAUAGCCAGGUUCCUCGCGAGAGUUUCAAGCACAUAGUGGCGGCAUGCGAGUGCCCGCUAUACUGGAAGAUGCCGCUGUUUCUGGCCACGCAGCAGAGCCUACACGCUUCCGUUGACGGACACAAGUUCAUUGACUUCUGGAGAGAGAUGACGUCACAGUGUCACGACAUGGCGUCCAGGUUUGUGUACAUCCUAACCAGGGGCAAGAGCAACUCCUUAGCGCCCGAAGACUUUGUGCCUCUAGUCCAAGAUGUCGUCGACACACAUCCCGGUCUCUCCUUCUUGAAGGAAGCCACCGAAUUCCACUCCAGAUACGUGCAUACGGUGAUUGCGCGGAUAUUUUACUGCGUGAACCGGUCGUGGUCGGGUAGAAUAUCAAUACCGGAGCUGAGGAGGUCGAACCUCCUUCAAGUCAUACAGCUGCUGGAAGACGAAGAGGAUAUCAAUCAAGUUACACAGUAUUUUAGUUACGAGCACUUCUACGUGAUCUACUGCAAGUUCUGGGAGCUGGAUCGCGACCAUGACCUGUUUAUUGACAAGCACGACCUCGCCAGACACAACGAUCAUGCUUUGUCAAGCCGUAUGAUAGAGCGUGUGCUGUCGGGCUGCGUGACUCGCGGCAACCAGAACCGGCUGACGCCCGACGGCGAGCCGCGCAUGUCCUACACAGAGUUCGUCUGGUUCUUACUCGCUGAGGAGGACAAGACACAUCCCACCGCCAUCGAGUACUGGUACAGAUGUAUGGACAUAGACGGCGACGGGUACAUAUCUAUGUACGAGCUGGAGUAUUUCUACGAAGAGCAGAUGCAGCGCAUGGAGGCCAUUGGCAUUGAGACGUUGCCUUUCAAUGACUGCUUAUGUCAGAUGUUAGACAUGGUGCACCCGGCGGAGGAUGGCAAGAUAACGCUAUCAGACCUGAAGAGGUGCAAGCUGACGCCGAUCUUCUUCGACACCUUCUUCAACCUGGAGAAGUACCUCGACCACGAGCAGCGCGACCCCUUCGCCACGCAGAGAGACUCCGACUCUGAGAUGUCAGAAUGGGAUAGAUUCGCCGCCGAGGAAUAUGAACUCUUAGUAGCCGAGGAAGGUGGCAGCGAUGCACAGGACCAAAUCUCAUACGAUGAGACCGAUGAAGAUUGCUUAUCACCAAAUGUAGACGAGAUCACCAACACUGAGGUGGCGGAGGAGUCGAGCGUUGAGGAGUCAACGCUGAGCGAGAGCGCCUCCAGCGUGGUCAGCCGCGGCAAGGAGCCCUCCGCCGCGCCCUCCGCCGCGCCCUCCGCCGCGCCCUCCGCCGCGCCCUCCGCCGCGCCCUCCGCCGCGCCCUCCGCCGCGCCCUCCGCCGCGCCCUCCGCCGGCUUCGUCAAUCUUAGUUCUAUUUACUCCAUCGGGGGCGCCAACAGGUGGCCGAAUCAAACCGACAACGCAACCAAGAACGGUUUACCCGAUAGAAAAACUGAAAAACCUAUUCCACCGGAGAAACCGGUCAGCUUGUUGAUGAUGAACGGGAAAGUCGAUAACCGGUAUUCCGGUUUCAGCAAUAAUAGCUUUUUAUACUCGCAGCUGCUCAACCCGACUGGUGCGCGCGCGAAAGACCCGCCCUCGUAUACGGCGGCCACCGGUGGAGCCUUCGACAAGGUCGCGGAAAUUAAAAAGACCGCCACGUCUCCUAUCAAAACCCCAGUCAAUAAAUCACCUGUCACCAGUCCCGUGAACGGCGUCAACAAAAUCUCCGAUAACUACGAAAGAGCGAUCGCCGAACGACUGAGCCCUCAACGAGAUAUAUCGAGAUUGAACCGAAGCAGUUUGUUUAGUAAAGUUAACACCGGAGUGGUGUCCGGCAAAGUGAAAAAGAGCAGCCCUCGCCGGUCCGGUAAUGACGACGAGGACGAGGACUACGCGCGCGACAGUGAUGAGUGUUCAAUUUAAAUGUAGUUAGUAACGUUGGUAACACAGGUCAUUUAGGUAACAAGACUCCAGUGUUUGUUUAAUGUUGCCAGUGUAUUGUAUCACUGUACAGUGUAACCAAAGAGCGCCGCGAACGUGUGCAAUUAAUGACAUUUUUUUUAGUAUAAUCGUUACGCCGUUGAUUAGAAGAGAGAACUAUUUUUUCAGCGUAUCCUAGCGGGAGAUACCUGCCUUGUGACGUAGCAAUUAG